AGUAACGAAGCCUCCGACUCUCUCUCCCUAGCUAACUUGCGCAGUAUUUAUCAAAAAGAAAAAGAAAAGGCUUGCACAGCACAAUAACCAGAGGCAAAGGAGAGCGAGAGAGGGAGUACAAUGGCAAUGGCAUCAAAUCUGAGCCCAGAAUAUGCCUAUACGAUAGUCUACGCGAAGGACGUAGCCAAGUCCGUUGCUUUCUAUGCUAAAGCAUUUGGCUAUCAUGUUCGUCGCUUAGACGAGUCUAACAGAUGGGGAGAGCUGGACAGCGGGCCGACCACGAUAGCCUUCACUCCGAUUCACCAACGCGAGACUGAUGACCGAAGCGGUGCAGUGCAGACUCCCCAUUCUGACCGGGAGAGACCACCCAUGGAGGUUUGUUUUUCUUAUACGGAUGUCGAUGCUGCCUACAAGAGGGCAGUGGAAAACGGUGCUAUCCCGGUGAGCAAACCAGAGGACAAAGAAUGGGGACAGAGGGUCGGGUACGUGCGUGAUAUUGAUGGAAUAGUAGUGAGAAUGGGGAGCCAUGUUGUGAAGCCUACAAAGCAAGACUGAGAGAAUGUUCGGUAUUGCUGUAGUUUUUGUGUUUAUGCUCUGAGAAAAAUCAUUUUUAAUCAUUUUGUGUUCUUAGAUCAAAUGCAUAUCAUUUGAUGGAAAGCUUCUCGAAUUGAUUGACCUUCCAAUGGAUGCAAUCAUGUCUAUAAUUUCCAUCCCCUGUUCCGUAAGCAUUGAA